AUGAGUAAAAAACCAUGGACCUUCAAUCCUGAGGAUUUCAUAAUGCCAGAUGUACCUACCCAAACGAAACGACGGAAGAAUAGGCAGCCAGAGACAAGGCCUACCAAGUUAAAAGCACGUCUUGUUGAUAAUAUCAAUAUUACCUCGAAUAAAGAAUCAGAAAAUAAAAAGGCAGAAGCAAACCAGCUCUGGGCUGAUAAAUAUGAGCCACAAAUAGAGGAAAAUCUUGCAGUUGAUCCAAGGAGAAUCAAUGCAAUCAAAGAGUGCAUUAUUAGUGCAGCCGGGCGUAUACCACAUAAUAGGUGUAAGAUUCUCACACUCACAGGAAACGCUGGAUGUGGAAAGAGUACAACGAUUCGGUUGCUAGCAAAAACAAUGCCAUACACCCUAUCAGAAUGGAUUAACGACACAACCAAUGAUUACGAUUUGAAUCAUUAUGACCCAAGCGAAUAUGUGUCGGGCAUCGAUGAUUUUGAAGACUUUAUGAGGCGUGCCAUUCAGCUUGAUACUCUUAAUGGAAGCAUGGCUCCAAAAAAUACCAAAAUGCCCAGAAAAGUCAUCUUGCUCGAUGAUAUUCCUGACCUUACCACUGCGGCAAUCAAGGAUCGAUUUCAUAGAAUUUUGAGAGCUUGUUUAGUUAACAAUAACCCGGUGUUGGUAGUCAUUGUUGUCAGUGAAGCUUGGAUGGAGACAGACUUGAGUUGGAAAAUACAAUCCGGAGAUAGACUCAUUGGCUUGCGAGAUAUUAUACCAGAGGAUAUAAAAAACAGCCCUUUUUACAAAGAAUUAAAGUUGAAUGGUGUAACCAAGAAGAGAAUAUCUACCUUCCUUCACCAAAUCCAUGAUGCAGAAACCAAAUCAUUUUUGAGUCAAAGAGCGAAAUCCAUUGGAAAUGUCACAGAAAACAUGGACCAGUUGGUCUGUAUGAGCUCAGCUGAAAUCGAGUCUAUUUCUGAAGCAAGUCAAGGAGACAUUCGAUUCGCUAUCAACACUUUACAAUCCAAUUUUUUUUCAUUGGCAUCAACACUAAAAACUAAUCGCAAUAGCCGUAAUCGACACGGCACUCAGACUGAAAGAUACAGCUUUAGUGAACGGACAGAAAUACCGGGACUGUUUCAUUCGCUUGGAAAGGCGCUCUACCGAAAACGAGACCUGGCUGGAAAACUAGAGACUUCCCCAAAGAAUUUAAUUGAAACACUACCUGAUAAUUUGGACAAUUUCCUAUCUUAUUUACAUGAAAACACCCCGUAUUUCUGCGACGAUAUAAGUCAAUUAAACACUGCAAUGCAAUGCUUUAGUGAAGGAGACUUAUUAGCUUCUUUGGGAGAUUGGAGGGAUACUGCCCCGUUGAUGUAUCAGGCUGCGUCUACAAUAGGUGGCAUUAUGUCUAUUCCCCCUCCUAAAAAGAAAGGAUCGAUGUUUUGUAUGAAGAAACCGACCAUAAUAUCAAAAUGGGAUAUUAUUGAAAAGAAGAAAGAGAAUCGCCAGUUUAUUUUCCCAAAAUCUGUGAUGGAUGCUUGUUCAUCAAGCAGGUAUGGAUUACCUUCUUCGGAGUGGGAAGAAGAGAUUGAAGAAUUCACAAGUGACGAAGACAAUGAAUUUGAUAGCGAUGACGGUGGAAUCGAUUGGUGUGAAGUGGCUAAACUCGCUGAUGCCAUGGAAGCUGAAAGUGAAGAUAAACCAGAGGCAAAAGAAGAUGUCAAUGAAGAAGAUGAGGAUGAGUAUAUGUUCGAAGAUGGAAUUGACUGGGAUGAGGCAGCGAAAAUUGCUGAUGCUGAAGAGGCUAAAUAUCUUUUGGAUAUAGUCCCUUGA